AUGGCGUCUCUCCUCGAAUACCUCACUGACCUUGAAGGGACCGAGGUCACGCUCGACGCUGUUACCGAAGGGUCGUUACACUUUCCUGCCCAGACCUGGGUAAUUGUCAAGAAGCUGGAAGAGAACCCAUGUCGGUUGACUCAAAAAGAUGUCACCGAUGGUAUGGGUAUCUCUGACACUUUCGCGAAGUUCCUUUGUCGUCCCGCCGGUCCUGGUAACGAAACCAAGCUCGCCUUCAUGCGCAUCCACCAACAAGUACCUAUUGCUGGUACCGAAUUCAAGAAGACAAGUGUCCGGGCUGGGCAGGCCGUCGAUGAACCAGGGAACCGAGAACUGAUCGCUCUGAAGUCUUUCAUGAGAUUCGGAUGUGAGGUCGUUCCCAGGCGAUUCCUUUGA